AUGUAUAUUUCCAUUUAUAUCACUGAUAUUAAUAACGUUUUAGUGUUUGAGCAAUUAUUGAACCCUGUUGCUCCAAGUUUUAAUGAACUAUGGUCCAAAUUGCAAAAUUUAUAUCCAGAUAUAUCUGGGGAUAAUAACGACAAAGCUACUUGCUCUUCUAUUUUCUCAAAUGAUAAAUAUAUUAACUGCAGGUUAGGUAAGAAUUUGGAACUCUACAGAUAUUGUUCCAACGUGAAUAAAUUAUACUUUUGGUGUUUAGUAUCUGGUAGGUUGAAUUCAAAGGAGCAAUUGUAUCCAUUUGUUAUAAUGGAAGAAUUAGAACAAAGUUUAAUGACUUACUUUGAAAAAGAAGAAUUGACAAUAACUAAAUUAGUCAAUAACUACGAUAGAAUAUCACUUAUAUUAUAUUGGCUAUUUGAUGGAGGUGAGCCGACAGUAGGGAAAAGGUACAAUAAUUGGAUUAAACAUAAUAUUCCAAGCAAAUAUGACUUCUCAAAAGUUAUCAAUAAUACAGCACAUAAUAUUCAAAUCGCUCUUCAAAAAUCUCAAAAACAGCAGUCUAAUUUUCCCUAUCAAGAUAUGAACUUUGAUAGUAAUGUUGCUGUACCAUGGAGAAUGAGAAAUGUUGAUCAUGUUAAUAACGAAUUAUAUCUUGAUCUAGUAGAAUCUAUACACGUUGUAUUGGAAACGAAAAAGAGGAAAAGUAGCUACGCAAACUCGACUAUGAAGAUUGUCACGGGUAAUAUUAUUGGUAAAGCUUUGGUGAAAAGUGUUCUAAAUGGUAAUCCAAUUGUUGAAAUGAAAAUUGAUAUGGCUGGGAAUGAUUUAGAAUCAAUAUUUUUACAUGAAUGUGUGAAAUCAAAGGAUGUUGAUAAAGAUCAAGAAUUUGAAAAUACUAAAUUAAUUAAAUUUUUACCGCCUGACGGGAGUUUUAAACUUUUUGAUUAUAAUAUUAAUUUAAAUACAACUGAAAAUACUAAAAAGGAAUUCAAUGCAUUUAAUAAUAGACUGGGUCUUGUAACUGCAUCUUUCGAAGAUGGCAUAGGCAUGAAGAAUGAUGAAUUUCAGUUGACUUUAAAUAUUAGUAAUUCAACUAAAGUUCAAUCAAUUCAAAAUCUCCAAAUAGAGAUUAUCUUUUUACCUAAAUUUCAAAGAUCAGAAGAAGAUUUAUUCAAUUCGAGCAAAAAUGAAGCCAAUGAUGAUUCGAUAAAUAAAGAAGGAAUCAAUAAUUUAUCCAAGAACAAUUCUGAUUUAGGGAAAGUGGAUUAUAAGAUUAAAAUGUUAAGAUCAUCACAUGGUAGGUUCGAAAAUUCUCUUUCACCUAAUAAAUGUUCCUGGAUUUUUGAUAAAGAGACAAAUGUUGGAAUUACUCCAGUUUUGACAGGUUGUGUUGAAUAUACUGAUAAAAAUCCUAAUAAAAAGAUGAUUCUAAGUCAUAUCUUAUUAAACUACUCUUAUAAUGGAGAAUUAGCUAGCGGUAUGAAAAUACAAUCAUUAGAAAUACAGUCAGGACUUAAAGCUGGGAAGGGCAAAUCAUUAUUUAAAGGUGUUAAGUAUUCUACAACUAUCGAAGAAUUAAAACUAAGGAGUCGAAAGAUUUAG